GAAGUUUGUGUUUGAUCACUACACUGCUGGUUUUAAGCUUGUUUACGGCGGCGACCACGACACUAGCACUGGGUCGUAAGGAAGUAGCAGUAUACACUGUGACGAGUUACGGAGCAAAAAAACCUAAAGGCGGCGGCGGGUCGUCGAUGGAAGACAGCCUCAAAAGUGCAUGGCUUCAGGCGUGUAAAUCGGAUGGUCCGGCAACCAUCAACGUGGCGGAUAGUGUCUUCAAUGAAGGCCCCGUCAUUAUCGACGGCACUGAUUGCCGAAACCCAGAUGUCAUAACAUUCGAUAUGGAAGGAACAACACAUCUGGCUCCUGACUACACAAAAUUCGGAGAGGCCGAACAGUGGAUCAAGUUGUACCACGUCAACAACGUUAGCAUUAAAGGCGGGACCCUAGAUGCCGGAGGUGGCUCUCUCUAUGAAUGCAAGGCCGGCGGAGGUGACUGCCCGGACGGAGCUACGACAUUCGCUAUUCACAACUCCGUUGGAGUGACCAUUACGGGAUUAACCUUAAAAAACAGUCAAAUGUUUCAUAUGGCGAUUGUCGACAGUAGCAAAGUCUUGGUGGAAGGCAUAACGAUUGAAGCGCCAGGGGAUAGCCCAAACACAGACGGAAUACACAUUUCAGGUUCCAAUAAAGUUACCAUCACUGGUACCAACACCAUCGCAACGGGGGACGAUUGCAUCUCUAUUGGUCAAGGCUGCGACACCGUGACCGUCGAGGGUGUGAAUUGUGGUCCCGGGCAUGGAAUAAGCAUAGGGAGUCUAGGGAAAUACGCCGGCGAGAAGCCAGUGCAACACAUAACCGUACACAAUGUUGAGUUUCACGAAACUAAGAACGGAGCGAGGAUCA